GGCUCCUGGGGGGAGCUGGUGACAAGGAGGUUCCAGCUGGGGACACGGUGCCACCAAAAUGUGGGACAGGAGCCAGCGCCACCACCGGGGACCGAACGCUCUGAAAAACCCCAUUUUUAUCACUCCCAGGAAUCGCUAACGAGCUAAAAAACAUCUUUUAGAGAUUAUGCACAAGGCCCAGCCCCCCUGAAACCCAGAGCCUGUCGUGCCCGUGCUUUGGGGGGGAGAUGGGGGCUGUUUUGAGGUGAAACCUCUGCUUUUUGGUGGCUUCCAGGCCGAGUCCAUGCAGAGUGUAAUGGCAGGAGCCUGACCCCUGCUUUUGGAGCUGCACGUGGAUUAUUUUUUGGGUGCAAUCCCUGCUCUGGGUGGGUUGCAGGCCGAGGCCAUGCUGUGCACGGCGCUGGUGAUGGCCGGGAGCCUGGCGCUCACCACGGCCGUGGUGGCCCACGCCUACUACCUGAAACACCAGUUCUACCCCACCGUGGUGUACCUCACCAAAUCCAGCCCCAGCAUGGCCGUUCUGUACAUCCAGGCCUUUGUGCUGGUGUUCCUGCUGGGCAAGUUCAUGGGCAAGGUUUUCUUCGGGCAGCUGCGCGCGGCCGAGAUGGAGCACCUCCUGGAGCGCUCGUGGUACGCGGUGACCGAGACCUGCCUGGCCUUCACCGUCUUCAGGGACGACUUCAGCCCGCGCUUCGUCGCCCUCUUCACCCUCCUCCUCUUCCUCAAGUGCUUCCACUGGCUGGCCGAGGACCGCGUGGAUUUUAUGGAGAGGAGCCCCAACAUCUCCUGGCUCUUCCACUUCCGCAUCGUCUCCCUGAUGUUCCUGCUGGGAAUCCUGGACUUCCUCUUCGUCAGCCACGCCUACCACAGCAUCCUGACCCGCGGCGCCUCCGUCCAGCUCGUCUUCGGCUUCGAG